AUGGCCGACCAGUACCAGUACAACACCAACGAGGAGAAAUUUGUAAAAGACAGCCACACCAAGGAGAUCGACCUGAUCAACAGAGACCCUAAAUUGAUCAAUGAGGAUGUGAUCAAGGUAGAGUUUGAGGAUGUAAUCGCAGAGCCCGACGGCACACACAGUCUGGAUGGGGUGUGGAAGCUCAGCUACACCACCUUCACCGUGUCCAAGUACUGGUGCUACCGCAUCCUCUCAGCCAUCUUCGGCAUCCCCGUGGCUCUGCUCUGGGGAUUCCUCUUCGCCUGCAUCUCGUUCUGUCAUAUUUGGGCCGUGGUGCCCUGCAUCAAGAGCUGCCUGAUCGAGUCACAGUGCAUCAGUCGUAUCUACUCCCUCUGCAUCCAGACCUUCUGUGACCCCUUCUUUGAAGCCCUGGGCAAGAUCUUCAGCAGUGUGAAAGUGGCCCUGCGCAAAGAGGUCUAG